GGUAUACGUCAGUAGUUGGACCGAAGGUUGCCGGACGUAGUGGCCGAGGUGGGACCAGGGGCGCACAAUCUAAACCGAUAGCAAGCCAGCUGUGUGCCAGCUAACGAGUACUAAACUCUAUCGCGCGGCCUCGACAUUUCAAAUUUGACGAAAGACAAAAAAGUAGGAAACUAAGUGACGUGUUCAAGUUUUCAUAAAAAUGCCGUGACCCGUUUGCGCAAGAUAUUCGUGAUGUUCUUCCCGGAAAAGAAUCGGCGGUAUUCACCGUAGUCCAGUUACGGAUACAAAUGUCGUAGUUCAGUGGAACUGUGUCUCGUAUACUUUACCUGCUGUGGUGCACCUGAUGAACCUUUCUACACAGCCACUAUGACAACCAGAGAGCUUUAUGUCAAGGGAGCUAGAGUGUGGGUGUCCCAUCCGGAUAAAGUCUGGGAAGGUGCUACUAUAUUAGAAGAUUAUAAAUUGGGACAUACUACCAUCGACGUUAAUACUGAAGACUCGAACUGCAAAAAGACAUUGGAAAUCAAAACCGAUGCUGAUCUACCGCCAUUAAGAAAUCCUGAUAUUCUCAUAGGAGAGAACAAUCUCACGUCACUUUCAUUCCUUCACGAACCUGCGGUUCUUUAUAAUCUGCAAAUACGUUUUCAACGGCAUUGUAUUUAUACAUACUGUGGGAUUGUACUUGUAGCAUUCAAUCCAUACAAUGAGUUACCAAUUUAUGGAAAUGAUACAAUUUGGGCAUAUAGAGGUCAGGCAAUGGGUGAUCUGGAGCCUCAUAUAUUUGCUGUUGCUGAAGAAGCCUAUACAAAAUUGGAAAGGGAAAGACACGACCAAUCCAUUAUUGUUUCUGGAGAAUCUGGAGCUGGUAAAACUGUAUCAGCCAAAUAUGCAAUGCGAUACUUUGCAACAGUUGGUGGCUCUUCGACAGAGACACAAGUGGAAAAGAAGGUUUUGGCUUCGUCACCCAUAAUGGAGGCCAUUGGCAAUGCUAAAACAACCAGAAACGAUAAUUCUUCAAGAUUUGGAAAAUUUAUUGAAAUUCAAUUUAACAAGAGUUACAAUAUUACUGGUGCGAGUAUGAGAACCUAUUUAUUGGAAAAAUCCAGAGUAGUUUUUCAAGCGAAUGAGGAACGAAAUUAUCAUAUAUUUUAUCAAAUGUGUGCUGCUGCUGAACAACUUAGUCAUCUUUACCUGAGCUUCCAAGACGAAUUCCAUUAUCUAAAUCAAGGAAAUAAUCCUGUCAUAGACGGCGUCGACGAUUUAGCAUUAUUCGAUGAAACAAUCACCGCCUUAACGAUGCUUGGUUUCUCGUCAAAGCAGCAGGAUGACAUGCUGCGUAUUUUAGCGGCUAUACUUCAUAUAGGAAAUGUAAAUAUAGUUAGUUGUGAAGCUCCGGAUGGUAGCAAUAAUUCUGAUGGCGAAGGCUGCAAUAUUUCUCCGUCCGAUAGGCACCUACUGAUAAUAUCUGAGCUGCUUGGAAUAGAUGUAAAUGCCAUGAGAAAAUGGUUGUGCCAUAGGAAAAUUGUUUCAAUGAGAGAAGUUUUUUUGAAGCCGAUGAGUGUUGAACAAGCGAUCGGUGCAAGAGAUGCACUUGCAAAACACAUCUACGCCGAGGUGUUCAAUUGGAUCGUAGCUGGAAUUAACAACUCUUUGCAAUCUCAGAGUAAGUCGCAGUCGUUCAUCGGUGUUCUGGAUAUCUACGGCUUCGAAACAUUCGAGGUCAACUCGUUCGAGCAAUUUUGCAUCAAUUAUGCGAAUGAGAAGUUACAGCAGCAGUUCAAUCAACACGUUUUCAAGCUCGAGCAGGAAGAGUAUCUCAAAGAGGAGAUUGAGUGGACCUUCAUAGAUUUUUACGACAAUCAACCUUGUAUCGACCUCAUUGAAACCAAAUUGGGAAUAUUGGAUCUUCUCGAUGAAGAGUGCAGAAUGCCAAAAGGUUCGGACUCUUCGUGGGCUGAGAAGCUUUACUCAAAAUGUGGAAAAUCAAAGCACUUUGAAAGGCCACGAUUUGGUACUACAGCUUUCCUCAUUCAUCACUUUGCUGAUCUCGUGCAAUACGAAACUACUGGUUUUCUUGAGAAAAACCGGGACACUGUUAUGGAGGAACAAAUUAACGUCAUGCGUAAUAGUCAUAACAAGUUAUUGAAAAAGCUGUUCUGCGGCGAAGACCCUAAGCUUACAGUACCAAACGUUCGAGUGAAGAUAUCAGCACAGAAACCACUGAUUAAUACACCGAAGCAAAACAAAAAGACGGUUGGCUCGCAAUUUCGAGAUUCUUUAAACAUGUUAAUGGCUACCCUCAAUGCAACCACACCCCACUACGUGCGCUGUAUCAAACCUAACGAUACCAAGGAGGCUUUCGAAUACAAUCCAGUCAGAGCCGUACAGCAGCUUCGUGCUUGUGGAGUUUUGGAGACUAUUAGAAUAUCCGCUGCUGGAUUUCCAAGUCAAAAAACGUAUUCAGAUUUCUUUCAGAGAUUCAGGUGUCUCUGUAAAUUUAAAGAAAUUCGUAGAGAUGAUCUCAAGGAAACCUGUCGACGGAUUCUUGCUACUUAUAUUAAGGAUGAAGAUAAGUUUAAGUUUGGAAAGACGAAAGUUUUAUUCCGGGCGGGACAAGUUGCAUACUUGGAAAAACUUCGCGGCGAGAAACAACGAGAUGCUUGUAUAAUGAUACAGAAAACAGUUCGUGGUUUAAUAUGUCGAAAUAAAUAUAAGAAGAUACGCAAGACCGUACUGGGUCUUCAAAGACAUGCUAGAGGUUAUUUAGCCAGACGGAAAGCUCAUGCUGUACGUCGGGAACGGGCUGCCAUCAAGCUUCAGGCUCGUGUCAGAGGAUGGCUAAAGAGACAAUGGUUCUUAAGAGUAAAGCGAACUGUUCUGGGUCUUCAAAUUUAUGGUAGAGGAAUGAUGGCGCGUAAGAGAUAUCAAUUGAUGAAAGACAAUGCAGCUGCAACUGCCAUUCAGAGAUUCGCUAGAGGUUAUAUUGUGCGAAUAACGUGCAAAAAGAAGUUGGAGAAUAUCAUUAUUGUUCAAUCUUGUGUCCGAAGAUUCUUAGCUAAGAAAGUAUUCAAAAGGUUAAAGGCUGAAGCUCGUAGCGUAGAACAUGUCAAGUCUUUGAACAAAGGCUUGGAGAAUAAGAUCAUAUCUUUGCAACACAAGAUUAACGAACUGGCUAAGGAAAACCAGCACCUCAAGGUCACCCAACAUGAGAUUCCCGAAUUAAAAUCAAAAUUGGAAGGAUUCAAGUCUAUGGAGAUUGAAAAUAAGAAGCUGAAUGCACUGUUGAUCGAAAAAGAGAAACAACUUGAAAAAAUGCAAGAAACUCUUCAACGAGAACGAGAUGAGAAAAUGGAUAUGCUCCAGGACAAGGAGAGAAAUGCUCGACUAAACGAAGAAGAGAGUAAAAAAUUGCGCGAGGAAAAUGAAAGGUUACAGAAAGAACUGGCUGCAGCUAACGAGAAGCUCAAGACGAAUCUACGCGGCGCAGAAGAGAACCUCAAACAUAGACUAGAACAGGAGAAAGAUCUAUUGCUAUUGGAUCAGGAUCAAGAUCGUGGUGCUUACCAGAGAUUGUUGAAAGAUUAUCACGAUCUCGAACAACAUGUCGAAGUUUUGGAGCAAAAACUUGCACUGCAAGUGCCUGGACACUCUCGCUCCCUUAGCAAUGCAUCCAGCAGUAGUGGGCAGAUUGCCUCAACGGAACAACUUCCACAAGAUGAUCAAAAUAUUGAUUUUGGUUAUGGUUCUGUAAGAUCUACGGCUUCUUCAACGACUCCGUACUCCAGAGUGGAAACGAUAGAUUGGGGACAAAAGCGUUCGGAUAGUCCACCAGAUGGCAAUAUCCAAUCUAAUAAAUCACCAUCCGAAUCAAAUGGUCCAGCCCAUGCUCCUGUGGAUGUUGGUCUUGUGUUAAAACUUCAGCAAAAAUUAAAAGAUGUCCAAAAAGAAAAUGGCAGGCUUAUCAGAAUGGUCGAAGAUUUGGAACGUGACAGUCCUGAAGAAGGUUCUAGAACUCAGGAUACCUUCAGGCUUCAAGAACUCGAAAUGGAAAAUGCUAAAUUAAAGAAGGACUUAGGUUCUCUCAGGAAAACCGUUUCUGAAGCAGAUUCGACAACUGCUCAACAAACUCUCAUGGGUCAAUUCUAUGCCCUUCAAGAAGAACUUGAAAGAAGACGCGAGGAGUGUAUUCAAUUGCACAGUGUUCUGGCGGAUCACACGAGAAGAAUGAAGAGCCUCGGUUCUAAUUACGGACGUGACGUAGACAUCAUCAACGAAGAUGGCGAGUUGGUUCUGGCAUUUGAGGCACAGAAAAAGAUAAACAGUAGACUUAAAACAAAACGAAAGUCUUCGAUAAGAGAACAACUUGAAGACGAACUUCAGACGAAGGAGAAGGGUUGGCGACUACAGAGGGAUGAAUGGCGCGCUGAAAUAGAUAGACUUCAGGAAGAGAUACAAAGACAACAAAAAUUGUUAUCUGUCAAUUUAAGUAAAGCACCUCAGACUCAGACUGAAGCAUACAUGCAACAUGAGAUUACAAGGUUGACGUCCGAGAAUUUGGAUCUUCAAGAGAAGUUUGAUAAGAUAGCUGAAGAGUGUAGGAAGUUCAAAAAGCAAUGCAAGAUUCUAGCGAAACGUCUCAAGGAUGCUGGUUAUGAUGGUGAUGAAAUUCCAAAGGAAUAUAAGGAUCAUUCUUACAUGAUUAAGGGUGCCGUCCCCGAUAGCGUAGAAUCUAGUAAUGAUUCUGCAAUUGUCUCCACUACGACUGCACAUUCUUCAGCAGAGAGCGGAAGUAACAUGCCAGUAGUAAGGAAGAAAGAACGCGACUAUGAGGGAAUGUUUGAAUUUAGAAAGGAGGAUAUUAAGCUUGUAAUACAACACUUGGUUAUUGAUCUAAAACCACGAGUCGCAGUAACAUUACUGCCUGGCCUUCCAGCAUAUAUACUAUUUAUGUGCAUAAGGCACACUGAUUGCAUAAAUGAUGAUGAUAAAGUCAGAACUUUAUUGACAGGUUAUUUAAAUGCUGUUAAACGUGUCAUUAAAAAACGUGAGGAUUUCGAUUCAGGAGUUUUGUGGCUGAGCAAUACACUCAGAUUAUUGCACAACAUGAAACAAUACUCGGGCGAUAAACCUUUUCAAAUAGAAAACACACCAAGGCAGAACGAGCAAUGCCUAAGAAAUUUCGAUUUGAGCGAAUAUCGCGUAGUUCUUAGCAACGUGGCGCUGUGGAUCUUCAAUAAUAUUGUGACAAAUUUGAAAGAACGUAUACAGGCUCUCACUGUGCCAGCUUUAUUAGAGCACGAAGCCAUCUCAGGAUUAAAUUCCAAUAAAUCAGGACGUCCGCGUUCUUCAUCAAUGGGUGAGGAACCUGAAUCUACUCAGCAGAAACUAAAUAAACUUCUUGAUGAGUUAAGUUCAGUGCACAAGAUUCUACAGUACCAUGGAGUCGAUCCAGAAAUUGUUACACAGUUGUUUAAGCAAUUAUUCUACUUUAUGUGCGCAAGCGCUUUGAAUAAUUUAUUGUUGAGGAAUGAGCUUUGUCAUUGGACUAAGGGAAUGCAAAUCAGGUACAAUCUAAGUCAUUUAGAACAAUGGGCUAGAGAUCAACGUUUAGAACCAGCUGCGGAAGCACUUCAGCCAAUCAUACAAGCUGCGCAGCUUCUUCAGGCUCGUAAAAAUGAUGAGGACGUACAUUCUGUUUGUGAUAUGUGCAACAAACUUACGCCCAAUCAAAUAGUAAAAAUAUUAAAUCUAUAUACACCAGCGGAUGACUUUGAAACUCGUGUACCAGUUUCUUUUAUUAGAAAAGUCCAAGCUAAGUUGGCUGAACGGGGAGAGAAUAAUGAACAACUUCUAAUGGAUCUGAAGUAUUCGUAUCCAGUAAGAUUUCCAUUCAAUCCUUCAAAUAUUCGACUGGAGGAUAUUGAAGUGCCAGAAGUACUUCACCUUCCGAUGCUCAAGAAGGUCUAAGACAUAUAAUAGAGCCAGGGUACGUGUAGGAUCUUAAUUUAACAUAAUUGAAUUAAUCGAACUUGCUUUGCCUAUUUAUUGAAUGAUACAAAUACCGGAUAAAUUAUAGUCUAUGGUAAAGAUUAUGCAUUCUGUGCGGGUUAAUUAAUAUAUUAUGUUUUAUAUAUUUUUUUUUACUCAAGUAAUUUAUAUUUUACGAGACAUCGAUCUGUACUUAAAUGGAAAUAAUUAGGUAAAAUCAUUUGCGCCAUCUUUAUCAACGACUUUCAGAUGCAGCAUAAAUAUUAUAAUAAUUACCCUCCGUGAGUUGAAGGAAGAUAAUAUUUGAUUGUCUAUUAUUAGUGUAAAGACAGAUGGGAAAUCAAAAGAUUUUCGAAAUUUCGUAAGUUUAGUCCGUAGUAAAAAAAAAUUAGUAUAACUAAAACUCAUUGGCGAAUUUAUUGUAUAUGUGAGAUGUAUGUACGUAGGUGUCAUGGCCGAUGAAAAUGUCGCGUAUACAAAUUUGUAGAAAUAUUGUAGGAUAUAUUUGUUGCAAUAGUGUAUUAUAAUUUCGUUUUUAAUUGUAGUUUGUGUUAAUUUUGCGGCUAAUUUUUAAUCAAUUUUCAUCGUUUCCGGUGACGUUUUAUGAUAUCGCCAAUCAUUAUAUGUAGAAACGCCGGGUACAGAAAGCAUAGACGGAAAUCCAUUUAUAAUGUAAUAAAAUGUAAAAAAGGAAAGCGAGCAAGAGAUAUAUAUUGCGUUGGAAUAGAUUGUAUAUUUUUUGAUACGAGAUUGAACUGUGGGGAUAUUUGUCGAUUAUGUAAUUGGUCUGGGGAUGAAACGAGCGAUGUAAAUGGGCGAGAGAGGUACAUACAUAUAGAUAUAUAUAUACAUACUGUUAUUACUUACUAUAAUCUAAACGUACCAAUUGCGUUUUGUGCCAUCUUACGAGUAGAUCAAUGUCGGAAUGUAAUUAAAUCGGUCGAACUGUGCACACGACUUUGUCUUUUAAGAGACUGGGGAUUACGAACAGUAAUCCAGGCCCAGAUAGCACAGCAUGAUCGAAAAAAAAUGCUGGUAGCAAAAAUUUCGACAUUUUUUUCGCAUAUUUGUCUAAACGUUUGCACAGUGCUGCUGCGUGUGGACACAUCUCAGAUAACAGUGUCUACAAACUUCUUAGCAACUUUAAACAUGCUUAUCAGCAAACUUGCGAGAAGGUGCGCCCGUAUUUCUCUGUUAAAUUGCUUUCAAGUCGAUGCAACAUGUAACUGUUAAUAAUGUUGCAAACAGCAGGAAAGUAUUGCCGAUCGGCGAUACUGUAAACGUUUGAGGAACAGCAAUAAUUGUUCAUCCUUUGUCGGCAAUGUAUCAGAAAUGCGUUUCCUAUCACGUUGCUCAGUAACUCAUGCUUAUAUGUGGCAUGCCGUUUGGAUAGUAUAACAGCAUUAUUUAGAAAACUGCUGAAAUCGUUUUUUUUCGAUUAUGCUUUGCUAUCUAAGCAAUGAUCUAAAGAUUAUAAGACCGUAAAUAGCAGGAUUUUUAAAGAGAUAUUUCCUGGAAAUGUAGUUGAGGCUCCGAGAAGAUAUUAAUAAAGAGGGCCAGCCUUGUGGAAUUUUUGUCUGAUGGUUGAUACGCACGGGAGAUACGCCGGAACCAACAUAGAAAUUCGGGAAGGGAGGCAUUGAAAUUUCAUACAUUUUGUUUAAUUAUCCCCCCCUUUUUAUCAAUUGUUUCUCGGUGUUUGAAGGCACAUACGGCAGGAUUAACAAUCAUUUUGAUACUGCUUUUUAAAAAAAAAAAAACAGAUUCGAGAAUUCGGAUGUUGAAUUUGACACGGUGAACAACUUUCGGUCGGAUGUUUUCUUCAAUUUUUAAUUAUUUUAACAUCAGUGAUGUUAAAAUGAAUUGUAAUUUUGCAGAAUGUGUCGUUCACUUCGCUCAAGCAAAAAUCUUUGUUACAACUAUAAUAUUUACGAGGUUCAGUUAUGUUUUACUAGCUUGGCAAUCCAAGGUUCCCUGUCUUCUUAAUUAAUCGCAUUUCGAACAUAAAAAACAAAAAAUGUAGAAGUCAUUCGCAUGAAAUGUAAUAGAUCAGAUCAGUAACACUCUAUUUCCAUUCUUAUCAGGCGACUUGAUGUGACAAAUUUAUUUGUUUCUAAAGAUAUAAAUAAACUAUCGUUGAUGAAAUUCCGAACCCCAA